AUGGCCGUUUUCGGCCAGAUACUGAGCCACAUGGUCCGGCGUUUUCUGUUUCUGGCCUGCUGUCUCUCUGUAGCCGCGGAUGCCUCAAAACCCGAGACGGUCGAGGUGGACUUGGUCUUCCCUCACAACGACACAUAUGCACCAGCCGCGUUGAUGCCGUUGGUCUUUGCCGUUCAGAACUUUCCUGCUAGUCGCCCGCUAUUCCUACAGAUUGACUUUGAUAUCUUCCACACUCCGUCGUGGAAUACAACCAUUCAACAGGGCAUCAUUUUCCUGAAUCAUGCCAACUACUCCACCAACGCCAGCACUUUGCAUUUUGUCUACGACUGGACUACUCGGCUCAACAACACCGAGGGGAGCUGGGCAAUGUGGUGGGGAGUUUAUUCAGCAAACUGUACCGAUACGGGCCGGGCACCUGGUCCGCUGAAACUCGAUCUGAACUACAAGCGGAAUCUCGUCCACUUCUCUACCAAACAUGGUGCCCAGCAGCCCGAUCUCGUCGCUGCUUCCAAAGACGGUGUAUGCGACAAGACAACUGGAGUCGCUUUCAACAUUACUGAGGUGAAGGAAGUGUCGUGGUUCAAUAGACAAUCCGUGGACCAUGACGUUUGCCCGAUUCUGGCGCCAGAAGCCCCGAAGCCAAACCCUUGCUUGGCCAAGGUCAACGCCACCACAGCAUCAAGCAUCUUGUAUGACAUCGAAUCAAACGCGUGCAUGAAGGGCCUCAACCCAAAUGUCACCUGUCCGCCUAAGCCGCAAGGUCAGAGCGCGGGCACGCAGAUCUUGCCAUAUUCAUGGGGGCAAAUAUCGUGGCUGGUGUUGGCGCUGGCAGGACUCGCCAAUUUAGUAUAA